AUGGUCUUAGAGCUUCUUCUGUUUGUUUGAUUUGCUUCUAGACCAUUAUGGAUACAUAAAAAAAUAUUUGGGAUAGUGAAACUGGUUCCUUACAUGUAUAUUUAAUUUUUUUUUAUCAAUUAUGUAAGUUCUUUUGGCAAAUUUUGAAAUACAAAUGAGAUGUAUAAAAUCUCAAUAAAUUGUAGUAGAAAAACCCAAUCCAACGGCUAUAAUCAACAAAAAUACGUACUAACACUGUCAGUCAAAGCAAUCUGACGUCAUGUUUGUAUCCACAAUCCAACGGCUAAGAUCUCCUAACUUCAUCCAACGGUCUUAAAUUCAAAAAAAAUUGCACGAAAUUAGAAAGGUCUGUGCUUUCUUUCUCCCUUCCAUUUCAAGUAAAGCUCAAAAAGACUCUGCCUUUCUUCUCUUCUUCUCUUCUCUUCUCUCUCACUAUAAGCUAAAAGGAAGCUCUUUUCUUUCACCAGACCUUCUCUCUUCUUGUUCACAACCUUAAAGUUUCGAUCUUUUGAACGCUAAGUAUGGAACCAGAGUCACCACCGCCGGAGCUGGAUCCUGAGUAUCAGUAAAGUCUCUUCCUUUUAGGACAAUAUAAGAAUGUGUUUGAGUCUCUGUCGUUUUUGUUUGAUGGGAACACUAAACUUUAUAGGUGGGAUGAGGAGUUAGUGGAACGGUGCUUGAGUCAUGCUGCUGAGACAGCUACUGGGAUGCUAGAUCUCUCGGGUCAGGUGAGAGAGUACAAGGAGAUGAUGGUGGAGUCUGUGAGGAAACAGUCUCUGGAGAUGGAGGAGAAAGAAAAGGAAUCUGAUUUGAGACGGUCUUUGGAGGCGGAGUUGCUGAUGCUUGUUCUAGAGAUGCAGAUGGUUGAAGAGGUAGAGAGAGAGUUUCGAGUUAGGGAAGAGAAGCUUGAAGAGAGGGAGGAGGUGGUUAGAGUGCUUGGUGAGAAUGUUCAAGAGAGAUGUGAUGAGAUGGAGAAGAGGGAAGAGGAUUUUGAACUCAAAGCCAAAGAUGUUGAAGUGAAGAGGAAGGAGCUUGAGAAAGAGAGAAGGUUGCUUGAUGAAACCUUCAAGGAGAGGUCUAAUGAGAUGGAGAAGAGGGAAGAGGAGUUUCAGCUCAAAGCUAAAGAUGUUGAGGUGAAGAGGAAGGAGCUUGAGCUAAAGGAGAAGAGUGUUGAAGAGAUAAUGAGUGAGAUGGAGAAGAGGGAAGAGAAGUUUCAGCUGAGACAAGACUCAGAGGCCAAAGAGAUUGAAGCCAAGAUGAGGUCUCUUGAGCUCAAGGAGAAGGAGCUUCAACGUAAGGAGAAAGAGUUGGAUGAGCUAUCAAAACAAACUGAGAGUAGAAAGAGAUCAAGAGAGGAACCUGAGACAUCACUCUUUGCUGAGAAUGAUCCUCUCACUCACAGUGUAAAAAGACUCAAAUCCAUUAGAGAACACAACCAUGAAGAUAGAGAGAAGGAAACAGAUUUGGACUGUGUGAUUCUUGACUCCACAGACGACGAUGAAGCUGAUGAUGAUGAGGAUCCCGAGCCAUACAACUGCCUCGACGCAGACUUCAACAACUUCAACAACACCAUGAGCUCCUUCUCCGUGGGCCAAAUAUGGGCUCUCUACGAUCCGUUAGACCACAUGCCUAGACUAUACGCUAAGAUCAAGAAAGUCCUUGAGCUUGAGAUGAAAGUGGAAGUCACAUGGCUCGAGUCAAAACAAAAGAGUCACAUCCCCAUCUCUUGUGGUGAAUUCAAGUACGGCGAAAGAACCGUAAAGAGCUACUUGACGUUCUCUCAUUUGAUGGAUCACAUAGGAGGAACUGGCAAGAAGAAGAAGAGCAUCAUCACCAUAAACCCGAGGAAAGGUGAGACAUGGGCUCUCUUCAGAGAUUGGAAGAAGCAGCAAAAGCGUCCUUAUAGCUACGACUUCGUCCAAGUCGUGUCUGAGUUGGACAGUGGAGGCAUUGGAGUGGCGUACCUAGGGAGAGUGGAAGGGUUCACGUCGGUGUACAAGCUCGUUGAGCAAAAUGGAGUCUUGCAAAUGAUGGUGACAUGUGAUGAGAUGCUUAGGUUUUCGCAUAGAGUCCCGUCUUUCAAACUGACUGGAGAUGAGAAGAAAGGUGUCCCAGCUGGCUCUUUCGAGCUAGACCCUGCUGCUAUUCCUAGAGAUUAUCUUGAAGCUUCUGAGGUUAAACAAGAGGAGUAAGGGGGCAUAGUUUGAGUUUAGUGCAAAGUCUGAUGAUGUGUGCAA